UUCAUUUAAACACUACAAAAUUCAAAAUGCCUACACAUUUUGGUUUCUUAAUUGAUGAGUGUUUCGAUACAAAAUCUUGUGCCACCCUUGAGUUGCUGCCUCUCUUGCUUCCAGUCAGGAAUAAGAAAAAUAUUAAUGCUGCAGAUUUCAUUUAUUGCGCUAAAGAGGAGUCAGCAUCUAUUACCGAUGUGUUAAAGGAAAGUAAAGGUCGGGGUCCCUUCAUUCUACACAUUGAAGACAAUUUUCAUAUCAUCGCAGACUGCCAAAGUUUCUGCAGAUCAACAAAUUCAUCCGAAGCGCUCCUUAAUCUAUUUGCUUGCAUUUAUGUUUUCAAUAUUGCUUAUAAUAAGGAGGCUCUGAACUCAUAUUUGUUUUUGCAGGAGUAUAUUUUGGGGAAAGCUGAUAGUAAAACAGGAAAUGCUGCCAUUAAAUUGUUUGCUAAAAAUUUAGAAAAAGUCAAAUAAUUUCAACUAAUUGGUAGCGCUAAAAGUACUAGUAGCGUAUAACAUAAUUUGUGCCUCAUUUUACAUACAUGUCUAGACAUUUAUGUAUUUUACAUUUGUGGCCAAAUCUGUAAACAAGAGACAUUGUGUCUGUAAUCAAGAGGGUUGUAUGUUGCAAUACAAAACACAAUGGUGUUAAUUGAUGUUA